CACCACGUGACCUUUAUAACGUUUCCCAGCGUAUAACUAAGCGGCUGUCGGCCUCUCUUCCGCCGGCACUAUUAGGGUCUUUGAUCUCCCGACGUUUCUCUGGCCGAUGGAGGUGUCGAAGCUUCUCAAGGAGAAAAAGUUUUGGGUCGCUUCCUUCAUCGUUGCUUGGGCCGCCGCCUUGCAGGCUCACAUGAUGUGGAUGCAGAGGCAAGAUUCCUUCAAACAGAAGUUUGGGGAUUCAAGCAAGGAGAUAGAUGGAGGGAACUGAAAUUUACAGGCAACUUAACGGUAUUGGUGUUCCUAUCAAAUCUACCGACUGAUAUGUUGCCAUGGUUUCUCCAUCGCAAAAUGGUUUCUUCUGAAGCAGCAUCCUUCUUUAUGGAAGCCAGCAUGUAAUGCAGUACAGAUUAUGUCAAAGGUUAAAAAACAAAUGAAGAAGCAACCUUAGCUUUCUUUGUCCGAGGAUUUGAUACUUGUAAACGCUUUGUCAAGUUUCAGAUUUGAUGUAAGUGUUGAACCCCAGCAGAUGGCUUGUCCAUUUUGGGAUGAUUGCAUUGCAACUUUAUUCUUUAAUGUGCUUACAAGUUACUAAUAGACAAUUGUUUUGUUUAUUAUAAAUGUACAUCGAACUC